AUGCGCAACUGUGUCCUAUGGAUUGUGCAACCUACACAGUUUUCAGUUUCUCUCCCCACCCAUUCUCCAAGUUCAACUCUUUUCACUUAUGCAUGCCAGGCGCUUGAUGAAAUUCCUGAACAAGAUGUUGUGUCCUGGACUGCAUUAAUUCAGGGAUUUGUAGCUCAGGGAAAUGGCAGGCAGGGUGUUGAUUUGUUUUGUGAGAUGAGAAAGAAAGGGAUCAGUCCGAAUGAAUUCACGGUUGCCACUUGUUUGAAAGCUUGUUCUAUGUGCUGGGAUAUUAGUUUUGGGAAACAGGUUCAUGCCGAAGUGAUUAAGGAGGCUGUAUUAUCUGAUGUUUUUAUUGCAUCUGCAUUAGUUAAUCUAUAUGCGAAAUGUGGUGAAAUCAAUCUCGCUGAUAAGGUGCUCUUUUGCAUGCCUGAGCAGAAUGAAGUAUUGUGGAACGUGUUGAUUAAUUGUCAUGCUCAAGUGGGUGAUGGGAAAGGAGCAUUUAGACUAUUUUUUGAAAUGAUAAAUUCAGAAGUAGAAUUCAGUGAAUUUACCUUGUCCAGUGUACUUAAGGGUCAGGACAAUCAAGAGAUGGCCAACUUGUCAAUCAAAAGUGGUUUUGAAAUAGACAAAUUCAUGUGUUCCAGUCUUAUAGACGUAUAUUCAAAGUGUGACAUGGUAGAUGAUGCACCGAGACUUUUUUAG